AUGAUGUGGCAGGUGGCAGCUGUCCUUGUGGUUGCGGUGGCCACCACCACACUAUUCCCGACUGCACGAGCGUUCUGCUGGGCUUCGUGUGAUGUUGGGGAAUACUGCGAUUUCAUGAGUUGCCGCCAAUGCCCACCAGGCAGAGUGCAGCCUAAGAACAACCACUUGGACGAGUCGUGCGACACCUGCCAGUCUGGAAAGUACCAAGACAGACCAGGCCAAGCAACGUGCAAGCCGUGGAGCAAGUGUGAUGCGGGUACCUUCUACAGACAAGGAACGAACACGCUCGACACAACGUGUCUGCCUUGCUUGCCUGGGACAUACCAAAAUAAGCUUGAGCACACAGAUUCAACAUGUGAAACGUGCCCGUUUGGCAAGUACCAAAACAACUUUGGUCAAUCAGGGUGCAAGAGUUGGAGCAGCUGCGGCGCAGGUGAAAGGUGGAUUGUGGGCUUGACCGUCAGUGAUGCGAGCUGCACAGACUGCAGCGACGGCAUGUUUCAAGACAGCACGAGCCAUCAGUCGCCGACUUGUCGUCCGUGGCAGCCAUGUCCCGAGGGCAAGUUUGUGUCUUCACUGCCCACGAUAACAACCGACAGAGUGUGCAUGAGCUGUGCUGCUGGGUCGUUUUCGAACGACAGAAACCAAGACACCUGCACAGUGUGCCCCACGGGCAAGUUCCAGGAUGCUGCUGGCCAGAGGGGCUGCAAUCUGUGUCCAAUUGGCACCUACGCGAGUCAACCCCGUACGAUUGAGUGCCGCACUUGCGCCACUGGCAAAUACGCGAACGAAACAGGCCUGAGCAAGUGCAAGACGUGCUCAUCGUGCCCGACGGGUCUCUCGCCUUCACCCGCGUGCUCCCCCACCACCGACACAGUCUGCAAAGAUACGACACCACCUGUGAUAACUGCCCGUCGCCCAGAUUCUGGCAGCGUUAUCGAGGGGCCGGCAUAUGUGUACACGGUUGUGCAGCACAUGAAAUUUCAGCCCCCAGUCGUCACCGCGACAGACACAUACAGCAACGCCACAAUUGUUGAGCCAUCGUACGACUCUGUGUCCACUGCCUUCGUUGGCUCAACCCAGGCGCUCGCGUACACGGCCAUGGACGAGGCUGGCAAUCAAGCCAGCAUCUCCAUCACCGUCAACGUCAUCGACGAUAAUGCACCACAACUCGUCUUCUCACCAGCAACGCUGCACCUGGAGGCUGGCCUGACACCAACGGCUGAGGACUACACGCGUGGCGUCACCGUUCUUGCCACCGAUGCCGUGCUCAACAGUUCUCGACUCGUGUACGACCCCGCCAGCGUGAGUGUGCAGCAACUUGGAAACUACACUGUGCUGUACGAGCUGUUGUGGGCAGAGGACUCUUCAGCACAGUCCGUCCGCAAUGUCAUUGUCGCCGACACCACCAAACCUGACCUGCGGGUUGACUUUGGUCUUCGAGAGGUGCAUGCAGGCAACGAAGUCUGGCACGAGGCCGCCAUCACGUUCGUGUACCCCGUUGUAACUGCCUCAGACUCCUUUGACACCACCAUCAACUCCUCCAGCGUCAUCUCUGCAGAGUUCCCGCGGUUCAGGCCAUUCGUGGAGGACGACACCACGUUUGCGUUUACGUAUGCAGUCUCCGACGCGUCAGAUAAUCUGGCCACCGUGACAUAUGUGGUGCGGGUCGUGGACACGAUGGCGCCCACUGUCACCAUCACUGGCGACCCAUCUGUGACGCACGAGGCUGGGACGGAAUACGUGGACGCUGGAGCAACGGCAUCAGACCUGCUUGAGGAUGCGCUUGAGCGGACCAUCGACAUCACCACCCUCAACACCGUCGACGUGUACCCGGCGUCGGUACCGGCUGUGUUCACGGUGGAGUACACGGCAUGCGAUAAGGCGGGCAACUGCAACAACGCAUCACGUGCGGUGACAGUGGUGGACACGCAGCCACCCACGAUUGAGCUGGUUGGACCGUCCCAGCUGCAGGUUGAGGCCGGCAGCGAGCUCGCUGACAUCGACCCGGGCGCGCACGUGUCUGACGCGUACAACGCACCGUCACAGCUGCGCCUGAGCAUUGAUGACGGCGGGUAUGCGGCGCAGCCAGCAAGCGUCCCCGCCACAUUCAACAUCACAUACACCGUGAGCGACACGUCAAACCACACGGCCAGCAUCACGCGGGAGAUCACGGUGAUUGACACGACGCCGCCAGACGUCCGCCUCAAUGGCGCGCUGGACACGGUUGUUGGCGACGGUGUGGGCUGGGUAGAGCCGGGCAUUGCGAGUGCGUACGACAAUGCAGAUGGUGAUGUGCGGCCGCGUGUGGAGGUGAGAGUGGUGGCGCAGACGGUGGGCACUGCUGCAGCCGCGAGCAGCUGCGUGUACUCGUCUGCGCGUGACUUUGUGCCGAGCGUGGCACCACGGGUGUGGCCUUCGCCUGCGCUGGACGCGGUUGAAGCCAGUGCACCGAGCGGCACCGUGUACCGCAUCAACUACACGGUGACGGAUGCGUCCGACAACGUGGCGCACGUGGAGCGGGUGGUGCGCGUUGUGGAUGGGAGUGCGCCGACAAUGCAGCUUGUUGGUGAGCAGCUUGUGCAGCUUGAGUUUGGCGGUGGCAGCAGCAGUGGUGGUGGUGAUGGUGAGGAAGGUGCAGGUGAAGAUGGUAGCGGUGCGUUUGCUGAUCCUGGGGUGACGGCGCACGAUGCGCACGAUGGGGAUGUGAGUGGGAAUGUGUGCGUGAACGUGAGUGUGGUGACGGCGAAUGCGACGGGUGUGCUUGCAGUGGGGAGCGUGGCUGAUGUUGCCGCGUAUGCUGUCACCCAUGUAGUGCAGCAGCAGGAGAAGCAGGAGGAGCAGCAGGAUGAUGAUGGUGAUGGUGGUGGGGGUGGUGGGGGUGGUGAGGGUGGUGAGGGUGUUGUGGGGCUUGGGGGUGCAGUGGCGUGGGCAGAGGUGGGCACGGUGUAUGUGAUGCAGUACAGCGUGCAGGACCGGGCGGGCCACGCGGCUGCUGUUGUGCGUCGGGCGGUGGUGGUGGUGGACACGACGCCGCCCGAGGUGACGCUGUAUGGCGCGGAGGAGGUGCACGUGCCGUAUGCGACACGAUAUGUGGAGGCUGGGUACAGCGCACAGGAUGUGCACGACGGCAAUGUGACGUCGCGUGUGGUGGUGCGCGGGGCCGAUGCGAUUGACGUGCACGUGGCGGGGGCGUACGAGAUUGAGUACGCGGUGAGCGAUGUGAACGGCAACACGGGUGUCGCCGUGCGCACGGUAGUGGUUGAUGCGUUGACCCGACCCGAUGAUGAUGAGGAUGCUGUUGUGGAGCUGGUGCUUGCAGGCACGGCGGAGGUCAUCUUUGGUGGCGAUGUGCCGCAGCUAGAGGCCGAUCUAGAGGAAGCAUUGGGAGUGGAGUUUGUGGUCGUGUUUCUCGUUUACGACAGCGCAGAUGGGCGUCCAAGCGACGGCAGCGGCAACAACGACAGUGUCAGCAGUGGUAGCAGUGUGCGCAAGCGAAGGGAGGCGCCAUCCACGCCAGCUGCAGUACCAAUGACAACAGCAACGGAGAUGACUGUGGUCGAGUUUGGGGUGCGGGACCCAGGGACACUGGCGUGGAUGAGCACUACCGAGGUGCUGACGCUCUUGGAUGGAGUCGUUGUGCUGGGGACAAGCGCGGUGCUGAGUGCUUCCGCGUAUGAUCCGGAUUUGGGCACAUCGACCUCGAGCGGCGGUAGCAACGCCAGCGUGUCGCUGACUGUGAUCAUUGCAGCAGCAGCUGGCGGCGUCGUGUUUGUGGCUAUGGUUGUGGUUGUCGUCUCGUUGCUUCGGCGUCGGUCAAAGCGUCAGCAGCUGGCGAAAACAACACUGGAGGCGGCCCAGAACCCUUACCAGUCUGUGCCGCACAACGGGCUGGAGACGAUCAACCCUGCAUUCUGUGGAACCGACGACUUUGACACGGGCAAGAUUGCCGGUGAGUGCGACUGCUGUCACAACAGCCUCGAGUUCUCGUUCAUCUUGUCGUUGUCAUUCACGGUGCCCUGUCACUUGUCUUUUCGAUGCUGUCGCCUCGUGUCAGGAACAUCGGAGCACGGCGCACCCCUCAAAGUGCUGCAAGCGCAACCGGCGCAUACGUGGGACGAGGCCGACUAUGACACGACGUUCACGAGUGGCUAUGUGGACACGGGAAUUUUGAACAUGCAGCCAGAGUACGACGUGGUGACAGAGGGGGGAGUCGUGGAAGACAAUGUUUAUGAAUCCGCCGAGGAUGCCGUGGCUUAG